UUCAUGCACUCAAACCUAGUUAAAAAUUAAUCAUUAAAAAGCAAUCUAGCGAUAGAUUCACCCAUGGAAGUUUCUUUGCUAUACACAUCUCUCUCUGUUCUCCUCCUUGUCCUAGCUUUCAAUUUCUUCUCACAAACAAGAACUCGACGCCGAAACUUCCCGCCGAGCCCACCGGCUCUUCCGGUCAUAGGUCAUCUCCACCUGCUAAAACAACCACUCCACCGAACCUUACUCAGCCUGUCCCAAAAAUACGGUUCCAUCUUCUCCCUCCAGUUCGGGACUCGCCUGAUUGUGGUGGUGUCAUCACCGUCCGCCGUGGAGGAAUGCUUCACCAAAAACGAUGUCGUCUUCGCCAACCGCCCAACCUCAAUGAUAGGCAAGUACAUUGGCUACAACAACACUACCAUUGUCGCAGCCCCCUACGGCGACCACUGGCGCAACCUCCGCCGCCUCAGCGCUCUCGAGAUCUUCUCAACCACUCGACUCAACGCCUUUCUAUCCAUUCGAAGGGACGAAAUCAAGCUUUUGCUGCGCAGACUGUACCAAAACUCAUCUGAGGAUUUCGCAAAAGUUGAGCUGAAAUCAAAGCUUACGGAGCUGACUUUUAAUAUCAUGAUGAGGAUGAUUGCAGGGAAGCGGUUUUACGGCGAAGACGUGGCGGACCACGAGGAGGCGAAGAAGUUCCGGGAUAUGAUAAAACAGUUGUUCCAGUACAGUGGUGUAUCGAAUCCCGGAGAUUUCUUGCCUUUUUUAAGAUGGAUUGAUUAUAAGAACGUCGAAAAGAAUUUGGCGGGAAUUAGUAAGAAGAUGGAUGCGUUUUUGCAAGGUCUGAUUGAUGAGCAUCGACUCAAUCAGAGUAAAAAUACCAUGAUUGACCACUUGCUUUCUUUGCAAGAAUCACAGCCCGAAUACUACACAGAUCAGCUCAUCAAAGGGCUUAUAAUGGUAUUGUUAACUGCGGGCACAGACACAUCGUCGGUGACAACAGAAUGGACAAUGUCCCUUCUGCUUAACCAUCCUGAGGUGUUGAAAAAGGCAAGAGCGGAGUUGGACAUUCAUGUAGGUCAAGAUCGUUUAAUCGAUGAAGCAGAUCUCUCCAAAUUGCAUUACCUUCAGAGCAUCAUUUCAGAAUCCUUCCGACUGUGUCCAGCUGUACCACUUUUGGUACCACACAUGUGUUCCGAUGAUUGUACAGUCGGUGGAUAUGAUGUUCCACGGGGCACAACUUUAUUGGUUAACGCAUGGGCUAUCCACAGAGACCCUAACGUUUGGGAUGACCCUACAAGCUUUAAGCCAGAAAGGUUCGAAGGAGGCCGGGAAGUUGAGGCACACAAGUUGAUGCCAUUUGGGAUGGGGAGGAGGUCCUGUCCUGGGGCUGGGCUGGCCCAACGUGUGCUGGGCCUGACUUUGGGCUCAAUGAUUCAGUGCUUUGAGUGGGAAAGGGUCAGUGAGAAGCAAGUGGAUAUGGCUGAAGGGAGAGGGAGUAUCUUGCCCAAAGCUGAGCCACUGGAGGCCAUGUGUAAAGCACGUGACAUUAUGAAGAAGGUGGUUUAAUUUUGAAGCACCAAAUAGUCUUUGAUCAAGCUACUAUUGUUACAUAUAUAUAUAUAUAUUUCAAGUUUUGUGCUUGUUUAAAUCUGCAUUUUUACUUUUCUUCAACAUUUAUUUUUCCUUAGUUAAUAUUUUGUUAUUGUACUAGUUUUAAUAAGGUUUGGUUUGAGAAAUAAGAUUACAGUGUGACAAUUUCUUUAUUUGUUGCAGUUAAUGGUCAAUAAAUAAGGUCAACAUUUUUUUUCUUUUA